AAACACUAGCAAAUUCGCGUUGCAAACAGCAAGGCAGGCGUUGUGCAAUUUGUACAGUUCUCAUCUCGCGCAGCAGUCUCUGGCAGUCAGAGGCAGAGCCAGACAUCGAACAGCAAUUACGUCCGAGGGGGUAAACUAAACUAAUUGAUUGUGCGUUCCUUUUCCACGAAACGUGUGUGCUCCGUGCACGGGAAAAGGGCAAAUCAAACACACACCCGAUCAGCUGUUUUGCCCUGUGGGGCGAUGAAAGUGAGUGCGAAGCUGGUUUGUUGUUGCUUCUUUUAACAGUGAAUGUGAAGCGUUAGCGAAUAGUGCAAACCGGUGACACAAUGUCCGCGUUGUUAUUGCCUUCCCGUGCGUGUGGCGUCUCAACGUGAGCGUAACCUGAAAUUAUCGGCACGCAAACGCGUUUUGCGGAAUAAAAACACACAAACACACGAUUUGUCAAGCGAAAUAAUGUCCAACUAUCCGAGCUGGGAUCAAUAGACGACGACGACGACGCCCUGUGUGUGUACUGUGUGUGUGGAACAAACGGUUCACGAUUUUUGCCCCAAUUUUAGGGGUGCACCUCGCUCACAAUGGUGAGGCUGACGAACGCGGCCAUCUAACAGCAAAGUCAAACAAAAACAAUCCCGUCCAGUCCACCAAACCGUCAGUCGGUCCCCCCCCCCCCUUGGUCUACUCCCCGGUAAAACAAAUACGAGAUGGACCAACAACUUCAACAGCCACCGCAUUCGGUGCCACUGCACGGCAACAGUAACGUCAGUCUGCUGGCAACGAUGGCACAAGCAAUGCGACACCUUAAUGCCACACUCACGACAGCGAGCAGCGACGGUGGUGGUGGUGGUGCAGCCCAACACGACCACCACCCACCGAUCGCCACCAUCGUGGGGCUGCCGGCACUACUCGAAACGGUGCCCUUUCGCAACGACACGAGCGGCGGUGGCUUCAUUAACCCGCAGGACAACACCGACGACGACGGUACGCCGACGAUCUCGAUGGACAAUCUCUACCCAGCGCUGAUCCAGUGUUUUGCCAUCAUCAUUUGUGGAUACCUCGCCGGACGAUUGAACAUCAUCAGCAACUUCGAGGCGAAAGGUCUCAACACGUUCGUCGGUACGUUUGCGCUUCCGUCGGUUAUUUUCCUGUCGCUGGCGGAGCUGGACUGGAGUACGGUGAACUGGAACUUUCUGCUCUCGAUACUGAUCGCCAAGACGAUCGUGUUUUUGUCGGUGGCCAUUAUUUCGCUGCUGGUGGCACGCCCCGUCAACUAUGGCCGGGCCGGUUUGCUUGCCGUCUUCUGCACCCAGAGCAAUGAUUUCGCGAUCGGCUAUCCAAUCGUGUCGGCACUGUACUCGAAAAUUCAUCCCGAGUAUGCGUCGUACAUCUAUCUGCUGGCCCCGAUCUCGCUCGCUAUCCUCAACCCGAUCGGCUACGUGCUGAUGGAAAUCUCCAAAAUUAAAGACAAAAAUGCAGAAAAUAAUACGGCGGCGAAUGAAGAGGCGCAUCUACCACCACCAUCAACAUGCCCCCAGCUGGCGGCCGAAAAUCGACGCAAGAUUCUCAAGGGAAAGGCACUGGUGGUGAUCAAAACGGUCGAAUCCAUUUUCUUCAAUCCGAUCCUCCUGAUGACGCUGCUGGGUGUGAUCGGUGGUCAGAUCUUUCCCAACGGAUUGCCCGUCUAUCUGUCCAGUGUGUUACGGUCGCUGGGCAACUCGUUCUCGGCCACCGCACUGUUCCUGCUCGGAUUGCGUAUGGUCGGGAAAGCUUCCACCCUUCAAGGCCCUGGAUUGAUCCUGCCCGGGAUACUGAUCCUCGUGAAGCUGCUCGUGUUUCCGCUCGUUACACGCCAGACGGUGAACAUCAUGAAUGCGGGCGCCAACUUUAGCGAGACUACCGAUCUGAGCACGUUCGGCUUUCUGUACGGCACGUUUCCGGCUGCACCGGGCGUGUUCGUGAUUGCUUCACAGUACAACCGGGACGUGGAUUUGAUUGCAAGCAGCAUGGUUGCAUCCACGUUCAUCAGCGCACCGUUAAUGUUCAUCUCGGCGAAAAUGAUCACCAUCACCAACCUGACGCCCGCCGACUAUCUGCACGAGCUGGACAAGUUUUCGUUCGACAUCAGCAUCGUGGCGAUCGUGGCGGGCGUGUGGACGCUGGUGCUGUUUGCGCUGACGCGCAAGGUGAAGCGAAUGCCGCACCGCAUCACGUGCUGUCUGCUCGUGUCGCAGCUCAUCUGCAACGUGGGCGUCAUACUGUGGUCCACGCUGGAGCAAAACAGCCGCUGGAAGAUGUACCUGCAGUUUUACUUCUUCACGAUCGGUUGCUACAGCAGCCGGCUGUGGACGGCGUUCCUUGCGAUCACGAUACUGUUCCUGCAGUGUCGCAGCCUCUGCUUUGUGCUGAAGCUGUGGCCCGUGUUUAUUGCUGCUGCUUGGGGCCUUCCGACGCUAAUCGUUUCGCUGCUACUGCUUCUCGACACCAAAAACAUUCUUCCGACGGAGAAACGUAAUCCGAGCUUUCAGUACGGAAAUGCGCAGGCGGCCAUUGCCGUGUUUCUGCUGGUGAUGUGCUUCAUCGUGACGGUGGGCUGUUUGAUAUUGCACCAGCGGUUCAAGAAACGGCACGAACGCUAUCUUACCCUUUCGCGGGAAGUUUCAUCCCCGGACACGGACAGCAGCCCGGUCACUACGAGCUCGGUGGUGAAUCUGUUGGCCGGUAAUGGUGGGGGCAGUUCUACCAUUCACCAGCGCAGACGCCACUCGGUCACGUCGAGUGAUGAUGAAAUCCUGCCAGCCGCGAUCGUAGCCUCCGGCUGUGGUACGGCAGCGGGGAAUGGUGGCUGUGGCGAUGGGAAAGGAGGAGGAGGAGGAGGAGCAGGUGGUUGCUGCAGCAGCUCAUCCACUACCAUUCGCACCGUGGUAGACAUAGAGGAUCUCGCCAUCGGUGCCAGUAUUAAUAACGAUGUAAGCGAAGCCGGUGGUUCGUCCACGAUCCAGUCGAACGGUAUGUGUUCGGCACAGUUUAACUGUCCAGCGGCCGGCAAGCAGCAGUGCCAAUCGUUGAUCGAUCGCUACCGGGAGCAGGCUAGCGAUGGGCUGGAACCGCUCGAGUACGACAAGACCGGCGAUCAGCAGCAGAUACUGCGCCACAUGGUGCUACUGAUUCUCCUGCUCUGCUCAAUGUUCGUCGGCCUUUCGCUGUCCGUGUGGACGCUGAUCAUGGAGGGCAUGUCGGGCAUUUACGUGGAGCUAACGUUUCUCGAUGCGUUCCUCAACUUUGGCCAGUGCAUUAUCGUGCUGGCAGUGUUUGUUACGGACACGGGCGAGCUGCUGCUGCCGCUGAUGAAGUUCUGGCGCAAGGUGUGGUACGGUGCGAACCUGCUACAGCUGCCGAUCUGGAGCGAGCUCAGCACGGAAACGCGCCACAUCUGCGACCAGUUUACGACGCACCAUCUGGAGAUCUGUCGCAAAGCGAUUGCGAAGGACAUACGCUGGCGCAUCAAAGUCUAUCGGCGGGUGUUUUACGGAAGCGCCUUUGUCGAUUGGCUGCUGGAGGUCGGCCUGGCCAAGGAUCGAACCGAUGCAACGCACUACGCCCGCCGGCUGAUUGAUGGACGUGUCCUGCGGCACAUCAACAACGUGUACCACUUUCACGAUCGCAAUCUCCUCUACACGUUCUGUGAACGGCUGUAAAAAGGCGGAAGAAGGCAAUGGCGUUGUAGCGGGGGGGAGGGGGUGCGGAAUGUCCCACCAAUACACCAUUUCCGACAUAUUUCUGUGCAGCCAAUAUCGCGCUCAGGAUGCCUCCUGUGACCCUGUACCCUGAUGCGAUAACAGAAAGGAAUGUGUGUGGGUGUUUGCCGGGGUGUUGUUUGUCCCCCUGUCCCCCUUGUACCCCUUUCCUUUCACCUAUCACCACCACCACAAACCGAUAAGCUAUCAUGAAGAGACGAUCAAUAUAGUUUUGCCAAAACAUAAUACCCCCCCCAAGAUGGACGAUGGACGGUGGUAAAAUAGGGCAGCUUUUUAGAUUUUACUGUUGUAUUAUAAAAUGCAUGUUAAGUUUAAUUUUAAUGCGUCGUGUUUAGUACAUAGCUUUCCUUGCUCUUCUUCCGUUUAGUGUGUGUGUGUGUAUAGUAGUAGAAUGGAAAGAGGGUGGUUGAUGCAGCCACCGUGUGAUAAAAGAUGGGAAAUUAAUCCCCUCUAAGCUCAAGCAAUGAAGCACGAAUGCGGCUUUUGUAUUUUUUUGUUUUUCGACAGGAUUAUGUAUAGUAUAUCUUUACGCACACACACACAUACACAGAUUUAUACAGUAGGAUAACGGGGGGGGGGGGGGGGGGGGGGUCGGGAAGGAACUGUGUGCUAUGCUGCAUCUGACAAACGAAGAAACACCAAACAAUACACACGGGUUGAGACAUGAUGCUGUGCUGUGCUGUGCUAGUGAAAAUGCUGUAGAACAGAGAAAUAGUAUUGCUGAGGAAGGAUUUUGCCAAUCGGGUUCUUAACAAGCGAAAGCGAAACAACUAAACCUAUUGUGUGUGUACCUAUACGUAGUAUGUCGUAUCAACAAAUGCAAUAUUUAUUGUCUAUAAAGAUGAAAUAGUUCUAACCCAACACAACACA